UCGACCACGAGCCAUGCAGGGAUUCAAUAAAUACUACCCACCUGACUACGAUGGCGAGAAACACAAGAGUCUCAACUCUUACAGAGGAAAGCAUGCUCUCGGUGACCGAGCGCGGAAGAUUGACCAGGGAAUUCUCAUAACACGCUUUGAGCUCCCGUUCAAUAUUUGGUGUGGACACUGUGAUGCGCACAUCGGUAUGGGCGUGCGGUAUAAUGCCGAGAAGAAGAAGAUUGGGAUGUACUACUCGACACCUAUCUUCUCCUUCCGGUGUAAGUGUCAUCUCUGUAGUGGCUGGUUCGAGAUUCAGACGGACCCGAAGAAUACACGAUAUGUGGUUACCGAAGGAGCACGACAGAAAGACGAAGACUGGGAUCCGGAAGAGAAUGGAGGCUACGCUGUGCAUGACACAGAAGCCAAAGACGAGCCAGUCGACCCCCUCGUCGCGCUCGAGAAAACCACAGACUUCCAAACCCACCAGACUAAAGUACAACUCCCCCGACUCGAACAACUCCAAUCCGUCUCAGAGCACUACAACUCCGACCCAUACUCUCUCUCCCGUCGCGUCCGCAAACAUUUCCGUGAGGAGAAGAAAGUAGAGAAACAGAAAGAGGAGGUCGAUAAUGGGAUCAAGGCGCGAUAUGGUCUCGACUCUGACUUGGUGCUCAUACGGGAGGACGAGGAUGCUGUGGCGGCGGCGAAGGAUGAGUGGAAGAAGGGGAGGAGUGAGCAUGCGAGGGAGCAGGGUGCGAAACGACGGAAACUGGCUUUAGACGCCCCAGUCAUCACAUCCGCCUCGUCACUGAGCUCCGUCAAACCUUCAAUACGACCACCUGCGUCUGGCUCCUCUUCUUCGAAACCUAAACCGAGACGGAUAGCGUCGUCCACGAUUCCCUCGACGUCGUCGUCCGCCGCUGUCUCUUCAUUGCGUGCACGCAUCCUCUCGAAUAGCGCUCAUCGUAGCGGUCCAUUCUUAUCAUCUUCUUCCUCUUCUCGCCAGAAACCGCCAGAUCGAACGACGGCGGGCAUUUCGUUGAGAAAGAGUUAGAGCGAGUCAUUCACCAAGAGGAUGUAUCAUUUCCUAUAUAGUCCUUGUACUAAUAUGUAAUCGCACCGUACCAAUCUGUAUAUCCUUACGACUUGUAACGCUACGUAUACCAACUCC